AUGGAAUAUGAUUCGUCUAGUUCAAAUGAUUCGUCUUCGUCUAGUGACGAAGAUUUUAUAAUUGGUGUAUUGCAGGUAUUACCGAGACCACGAUAUUUUCGUGACAGAUCGAAUCCUUUCAGUGAAUAUGACGAUACGGAUUUCAAACAGAGAUUCAGGCUGUCUAAAAUGAUGUUCAUUGAGUUGCUAAACAUGAUACAAGAUGAUCUUCAUCAUAAUUCACACCGGAACAUGUCUUUAUCACCAAUGCUUCAGCUUCUGAUUGCACGUAGAUACUAUGCAACUGGUGCUUUUCAAGCAGUUCUAGGAGACCAUAUAUGUGUACAUAAGUCAACAGUUUGUCGUAUUGUUAAAAAAGUGUCUACAUGUAUUGCAACCCUAAAACCACAAUACAUUCAAAUGCCUAGAACAGAACUAGAGAGAGAAUCAGUGUAUGAAGGUUUCAAUCAAUUGCGUCAAUUUCCCAAUGUUAUUGGUGCAAUUAAUUGUACUCAUAUAAAAAUACAGUCUCCCAAUAGUAAUAUUGGAGAAAGGUUUAGAAAUAGAAAAGGAUAUUUUUCCAUAAAUGUUCAAGCUGUUUGUAAAAGUAAUUUACAAUUUACAAAUAUUGUGGCUCGUUGGCCUGGUUCGGUUCAUGAUUCUACCAUAUUCGACAAUUCACUAUUGAGAGCACAAUUUUAA